UGCCUGGGUCGCUCCUCACAGCCACGGCCACGGCCACGGCCGCAGCAACCGCAGCCGCAGCCUGUUGCGCUGCAUCCUUGUGGCCUUGGCGGCACUCCACUCCGCAUCAGCGGGGCCGCCGCUGCAGCCUGCCAGCCCUGCCCGCAGCAGCGGGGGCAGGGCCUGCCUGCAAUUGCCUGGCGUGCUGCCGCGCCCCGCAGACUGGCCAGCCCGCCAAAGCUCUUCCUCCCGCCCCGCCGCUUUUGAUGCCGCCGCCGCCACCACUGCUGUGCAGCAGCGCCUCAGCCGCCGCCGCCGCAGCCUCCAGCGCCACCACCUGCGUGGUCAUGUUGAGGGCGGCGGCGGCGGCCGCGGCCUGCUCUGGCCAGCCGUCUGCGGCUCAGACAAGGCAGAUCACCUGCAGCUACAGCUACAACCGCCCCAACGUCAAGUUCUACCUAGCUGAGACGCCGCCCAGCGCGGGCGGCGGCGGCGGCGGCGGUGGUAACGGCGGCGGCGGUGGUAACGGCAGCGGCGGCAAUGGUGGCGGUGGUAACGGCGGAGGGAACAGCGGAGGUGGGAAUGGCGGAGGAUACAGUGGAGGCGAUGGCGGUGGCGACCCGCCUCGUGGUGGGGGCCGGGACCCAGGCGGCAGGGGGCGGCGGCGUGUGGUGUCGGACUUCAAUGACCGCCGUGCGCGCUAUGACACGGCACUUGCAGCCGCGGCCGCUGAGUACCGGGCUCCGAGCACGUUUGCAGGCGGCAGGGACGGCGGCCCCACUGCGAGUAGCCGGGGCGCUGCGGCCGUGACGCCUGUCGGGGGCGCCGCCGUCAUUGGCUGAUGACGCAUUGCAGAAGCAGCGGGAGGAGGCUGCGUUAACCCGUCCAUUUAUUGGAGUGGUAGGCGCGAUUGCGGCUGGGACGGAGCACGGUGGCGGGUGCUGGGCUUGGUGCCCGCCGUGCUGUGUCGUAUCAGUUGUGUGAGGAUAGAUUGCCUUGAUAGGGCUGAUGCUGUGACACCAGUAGCUCGUGGUGAGAGGUAGGCAAACAUGCGGUGAACCCGCAAGCUUCAGGGCCGCGCGGAAAGACAUUC